AUGCUUGCCUCGCGAAAGAAGCUUGCCUGCCGGAUUUGCACCCGACGCAAGGUCAAGUGCGACAAACAAAUUCCCUGCAACAACUGUUCCAAGAGAGGUGCCCCCGAAGAAUGUAACAGAGACCAGUCUGUCGAGCCAUCGGCCCCCAAUAAUGGGAUUACAGGUCACAAUGAUGUGGACGUAUCCAGCACUGUCAGUGCGCUGCGAAUCCGUGUCGCCGAGCUCGAGGCUGCACUACAACAGAGAAGCGCUCAGAGUGGCACCGAUCUGACUCCUGUGCCUGGCAAUGAGGGUCGCGUUGGCCCUGGAGCUACCCGGACCUCCUCCCCAAGCCACGAUUCAGAAAUUGAAGAUGCCGCCACCGUUCUUGAAUUUCUUGCUUGGGGUCGAAUGAAAGACCCAGACAGGACAAGACUCUCUCCGGAAGUAUUGAGAGCAACUGAACGGGAUGAACGAGUGGCCAACAGCCCAGCCGACAAUGAGGACGAUGCUCUUUUGGAUUCAAACCAGAGUCUCCUUCCGUGGGUGCAGAUACUCCUUCCUUCUCGACGCCAGGUAACUCAACUGGUCGAGUACCACAACGAGUGUCUCUUGUGGUUUCAUGGCUCAUAUUUUGCUCCAUCCCUAUUAAAACAGCUCGCAUCCUUCUAUCAUGACCACCGCGGUCGCCUCGAAUCGCCCGGCGUGAAUCUCCAAUGGGUAGCCCUGUUGUUUGCCGUUAUGGCGGGAACAAUAACCUCGGCACCAACAUAUGAAGCCAAUAAAUGGAGGUUUGAAGAAAAAGAAAUCAGGGUGCUCUCCCAAAAAUGGUAUAGAGUUGUCAUUGCCUUGUUGAAUGCAGCGGGCUACACUGCAAAUCACUCCCUAUACUCGGUUCAAGCCAUCGCGACACUGACCAGCACGGCGCACAUCCUGGGUCAUUCCAACAGUCAGUCAGUAAUGCUGGCAUCUGCUGUUCGAAUUGCGCAGAGCCUCGGCCUACAUCGAUUGAAUGAAGACGCUCGAGGGGAUGCAAUCGAACUCGAAACUGGUCGGCGUGUGUGGGAACAACUCUGCACGCAAGACUGGUUCAGCACGUCCUUCUCCGAGACCUAUACCAUCAACCACCUACACUGUACAUCUCUUCCUCCGAAAAAUUGUGAUGAUGACCUCGUGGAAAUGCCAGAGUCAGUACCCACCGUCACCAGCUUCUGCCGUUUCCUGGCCACAAUAGCGUCUAUCAUGCCUCGCCUACAAGAUGGUAUGGCCUCCUCCAAUACAUUGUAUACGAAACACGAACAAGUACUCUUCUACGACAGGAAAAUGCGUUCACUUGCAACCGAAGGCCGCCCAUCUUUUCUGGCAAACACACCCAUCGAAGAGAGUUGGCCGUGUUAUAUCCCUUGGGCUCGCAGAGCUAUCGCAAUGAGUUCAGCGCACAAGAUCAUCAUGAUCCACAGGAAAUUUCUGAGUCUUAGUUUCACUAAUCCAGUUUUCGCAUUCACCCGUCGAACGUGUCUUGCAGCUGCGAAGACGAUAUUGAGAGAGUAUAUCGCGAUCAGCCACGACGAUUCAAGUCCUACUCUCUGGACCCAUCAGGCUUUCUCGGUGGCCGCUUGCAUCAUCAUAUGCUUAGACAUGUUGCAUCAGUCCUCAAUACCAGUCGAGACGCAGUCGCAACUUGUCACGCAGACCAUUGAAAUUCUAGAAGCCAGUGGAAAGAGAAGCAUGAUUGCAUCCCGGGGCGUUAAGCUGUUGAAAGCCCUGCAAAAGCGGAUACGUGACGCUAGCAACGGUCAGAAACGGUCUGCCGACGAUGUCUCUGAGAACGGGGCCAGGAAAAGACGCCGCACGUUUGAUGUUACUGAAUUUGUUAGGGCCUUCUGCAAUAGUGGAGAUGCCCGAUCUCCUGGAGACGUUGACACGGUCUUGCCAAACCAUGAAGCUGCGGCUACUGGGCAAGACAGAAUUGAAAGUGAGAACAACGCACUGCCCAUCGAUUCCGAACGCCCACUCAAUCCUACACUGGAGUGCAAUCGAAUUUGGGACAUUCCAUUCGACGAAUCUGACGGCUCUCAGCCAUUUGAAAAUUUAAUGUUUCUUGCUAAUCAAGGUGUGUGUUGGUAUAAGACUGGUACUUGGAUGGAUCCUGGCAUCCCGGAUUAA